UCUCGGAGGCUGGACCAGUAGCGCCGCGAUGGCGGACGCCUGGGAGGAGAUCAGGCGGUUGGCGGCCGACUUCCAGCGGGCGCAGUUCGCCGAGGCCACGCAGAGGUUAUCAGAGCGGAACUGCAUUGAGAUUGUGAAUAAAUUGAUUGCUCAGAAACAGCUAGAAGUAGUUCACACACUUGAUGGGAAGGAAUAUGUUACUCCAGCCCAAAUUAGUAAAGAAAUGAAAGAUGAGCUACAUAUCCGAGGUGGUCGAGUAAACAUUGUUGAUCUGCAACAGGUAAUUAAUGUGGAUCUGACUCAUAUUGAAAAUAGAAUUGGUGACAUUAUUAAAUCAGAAAAGCAUGUUCAGCUAGUGUUGGGACAACUGAUAGAUGAAAGCUAUUUGGAUCAGUUAGCAGAAGAGGUAAAUGAUAAAUUGCAAGAAAGUGGUCAGGUAACCAUAUCAGAACUGUGUAAAACCUAUGAUCUUCCUGGAAACUUUCUGACACAGGCACUAACUCAGCGACUAGGUAGAAUUAUUAAUGGACACAUUGAUCUUGAUAACAGAGGAGUAAUAUUUACUGAAGCUUUUGUAGCUCGACAUAAAGCACGCAUCCGUGGACUCUUCAGUGCUAUUACCAGGCCUACAGCAGUGAAUUCUUUGAUAUCAAAAUAUGGAUUUCAGGAGCAGCUUCUUUACUCUGUCCUUGAGGAACUUGUUAAUAGUGGACGCUUACGAGGCACUGUGGUUGGUGGGAGGCAAGAUAAGGCCAUGUUUCUACCUGACAUUUACUCCAGAACACAGAGUACUUGGGUGGAUUCCUUUUUCAGGCAGAAUGGCUAUCUAGAAUUUGAUGCUUUGUCCAGACUUGGAAUCCCAGAUGCUGUGAGCUACAUAAAGAAAAGGUAUAAGACUGCACAGCUCUUGUUUCUGAAAGCAGCUUGUGUUGGUCAAGGACUUGUGGAUCAGGUGGAAGCAUCGGUAGAGGAAGCCAUCAGCUCUGGAACAUGGGUGGAUAUCGCACCUCUGCUACCCAGUUCUUUAUCAGUUGAAGAUGCUGCAAUGUUACUUCAACAAGUGAUGAGAGCAUUCAGCAAACAGCCUUCAGCUGUAGUCUUUAGUGACACUGUUGUAGUCAGUGAAAAAUUUAUAAAUGACUGUACAGAACUCUUCAGUGAGCUUAUGCACCAAAAAGCUGAAAAGGAAAUGAAAAAUAAUCCUGUUCAUUUAAUCACUGAAGAAGAUCUGAAACAAGUUUCCAUUUUAGAAAACACUAAUACAGGUAAAAAGGAUAAAAAAGAUGAACGAAGAAGGAAAGCAACAGAGGGCAGUGGAAGUGUGAGAGGAGGAAGUGGUAGCAAUGCCAGAGAGUACAAAAUUAAAAAAGUCAAGAAGAAAGGAAGAAAAGAUGAUGAUAGUGAUGAUGAGUCAUCUCACACUGGAAAGAAGAAGCCAGAGAUCACUUUUAUGUUCCAGGAUGAGAUUGAAGAUUUUUUAAGAAAACGCAUACAAGAUGCCCCUGAGGAGUUUAUUUCUGAACUUGCUGAGUACUUAAUAAAGCCUCUUAAUAAAAUUUACCUCGAGGUGGUACGUUCUGUGUUCAUGUCUUCGACUUCUGCCUCUGGAACUGGCAGAAAGCGCACAAUCAAGGACUUGCAAGAAGAGGUUUCAAACCUCUACAAUAAUAUUCGAUUAUUUGAAAAAGGGAUGAAGUUCUUUACAGAUGAUACACAGACUGCUCUUACCAGGCACUUGCUAAAGACAGUCUGUACUGAUGUCACUAAUCUCAUUUUCAACUUCUUAGCUUCGGAUUUAAUGAUGGCAGUCGACGAUCCUGCAGCCAUUACGAGUGAAGUAAGAAAAAAAAUUUUAAGUAAAUUAUCAGAAGAAACUAAAGUAGCCCUCACAAAACUCCAUAGCUCCCUGAAUGAAAAGAGCAUAGAAGACUUUCUUUCUUGUCUGGAUUCUGCAGCAGAAACUUGUGAUAUUAUGGUAAAAAGGGGAGACAAAAAAAGGGAAAGGCAGAUCCUGUUCCAGCAUCGACAAGCACUUGCUGAACAGCUAAAAGUCACAGAAGACCCUGCUCUUAUCCUGCACCUCACAUCAGUCCUGUUGUUUCAGUCCUCAACCCACAGCAUGCUCCAUGCUCCUGGAAGAUGUGUGCCACAGAUCAUUGCUUUUCUUCAUAGUAAAAUUCCAGAGGAUCAGCAUACACUUUUGGUAAAGUUUCAAGGAUUGGUUGUAAAGCAUUUAGUUAAUCAAAAUAAGAAGAUUGGGCAGGGAGAGGAUCCCUUGAUUAAUGAACGAGACAAUGAAGAAGAUAACACCAGUACUACUCGCAAAGAGCUUCAGGAACUUUCUUCAUCUAUUAAAGACCUUGUUCUCAAAUCCAGAAAAUCAUCUGUGACAGAAGACUAACAAUCUUAAUUUACUUUUUUCAUAUAGUAAAUAUUUUUCCCCAAAGCUAUUGGUGAGUUAUAAAAAUAUUUACUUCACAUCCCCAAACCCCCAAUGGCCCCUCCCAUUUAUACAAUUUAGUUAAAACAGUAGUGUUGUAUUCAAUGUAAAUCUUAUAAAAAUGUGAAUUUUUGUAAAUUGAGUUCUCC